AUGAAUUUUUUCAAGAAAUCACUGCCAUACUUGGCUAUGAUUUUUCAGCAAUUUAACCUUGCAUCCAUGGCGAUCAUUGUAAAGCAUGCUCUGGACAAUGGUCUAAGCCCACAUGUUCUGGUGGCACUCCGUAUGGUCGUUGCUGCAAUUCUCGUUUCUCCUUUUGCUAUUGUCAUGGAAAGGAACACCCGGCCGAUGAUGACGCUCUCCACCUUUUUUAAGAUCGUAUUGCUCAGUUUGUUCGAACCGGUGCUUAGCCAAAAUUUCUCCGAUACUGGGAUGAAAUAUACUACUGCAACAUUUAAUGUUUCCAUGAGCAAUGCUCUUCCUGCCAUGACAUUUAUAAUGGCUUGGAUUUUCAGGCUUGAAAUUGUGAAACUUAGGAAGCUACAUGGCCAGGCAAAGAUAGUGGGAACCCUACUGGCUGUUGGGGGAGGAAUUAUAAUGACAUUUGUAAAGGGAACUCUCCUAGAUUUGCCAUGGAAGAAUGGAAUAAACAUAAUUUUCAAGAAAUCAGCAACUGAUGUAGAACAUACAGAUCUAAUGAAGGGUGCCGGACUAAUCGUAGUUGGUUUGUUUUGCUGGUCUUGUUUCAUCAUUUUGCAAGCACAUAUAUUAAGAUCCUACCCUUCAGUGCUCAGUCUCGCAGCUUUGGUAUGCAUUUUUGGCUCCAUCGAAGGCAUCAUACUGGCCUUGCUAGUCGAAAGAGGAAACACAAAAAUCUGGUCAAUCUUCAACCCAGAUGCUAAACUUUUAGCCGUGAUUUAUGGUGGAAUGAUGUCCUGCUCAACCUAUCUCAUAAUGGGCUGGUUAAUGAAGAAUAGAGGACCAGUUUUUGUAACGUCUUUUAAUCCUCUGGGCAUGGUUCUCGUCACAAUUUUCAGCUCAUUUUUUCUAGCUGAGAGACUCUUCCUAGGAAGGGUUCUUGGAGCAGCUGUGAUUAUCAUUGGACUGUGCAUGGUGUUAUGGGGUAAAAGCAAAGACCAACGUCAUUCAAAUUCACAAAACAUUCAAGACGACGACGCCGUGGCCGCUGCUUCACAAAACGGUCUACAAAUGGCUGUAAUCAAUGGUGAUAUAGAGAGUCCAAGCCAGUCUAAUGUGACUGUUGAUGAGGGAACCCGUGCCUCAUGUAUGACGUAG